AUGAUCAUUAAGAAUGGAGAAGUUGUUACGGAUGGUGARGAAAGUGACCAAGAUGAGCUAAUUGAWGAAAAGCUCCAGGAGGAUGARGAGGAAUUGGAAGAUGGGAGUCAUUUGGCACUUGUUACAAGGAGACUUCUWAACACUCAAGUUAMGGGGGAUGAUGUUAAUGACCAAAGAGACAACUUAUUCCACACACGGUGUUUAGUUAAUGGGACUCCUUGUAGUCUUGUUAUCGACAGUGGAAGUUGCACCAAUGUAGUAAGUACAUUCUUGAUCAAAAGGCUGCAAAUUCCAACUCAACACCAUCCUAAACCUUACAAGCUUCAGUGGCUCAACGAUAGUGGAAMAAUGAAGGUUGUUUCUCAAGCUUUAAUUUCUUUUACCUUAGGAAAGUMUAMAGAUGAGAUUKUAUGUGAUGUAUUACCUAUGCAUGCCGGUGACAUCUUGCUUGGCCGACCUUGGCAAUUUGAUAGGAAGGUCAUCUAUGAUGGUUAUUUGAAUAGGUACUCUUUUAGAAAAGAUGUUAAAAAAACAACUCUUGUACCUUUGCGUUCGGAAGAUGUAUUUGCUGAUCAAUUAAAGUUGGAGAAGAAAAGAAAAGAGUUUGAAGAAGAAGAAUUGAAAGAAAAGAAUGAGAUGGAUGAAAUUGAUAGAAAAGAAAAGAAAUUCAGUUGUUUGGCUAGAGUGGGAGAGGUGAGAAGAGCAAUGUUUUCCCAAAAACCCAUAUUUGUACUUAUGUACAAAGAAGGGUAUUUGGCUUCUAACGAUAACCUUUUGCCUUUGCCGAGUUUGUUUCAACCUCUUUUGCAGGAAUUUGAGGACGUGUUCCAAGAAGAUAUACCUAAAGGGUUACCUUCAAUUAGAGGUAUUGAACAUCAAAUAGACUUCAUACCGGGGGCUACCAUUCCAAAUAGGCCGGCUUAUAGAGCAAAUCCAACUGAGACAAAGGAAAUUCAAAGGCAAGUGGAGGAGCUCAUGGAGAAAGACUAUGUUCGCGAAAGUUUGAGUCCAUGUUCUGUACCGGUCAUAUUGGUGCCAAAGAAGGAUGGAACUUGGCGCAUGUGUGUGGACUGCAGAGCCAUCAAUAAAAUCACUGUAAAGUAUCGUCAUCCUAUUCCUAGGCUAGAUGAUAUACUUGAUGAAUUGCAUGGUUCUUGUCUAUUUACAAAGAUUGAUUUGAAAUCUGGAUAUCAUCAAAUUAGGAUGCAUGUAGGAGAUGAACGGAAAACAGGUUUCAAAACUAAAUUUGGAUUGUACGAAUGGCUUGUUAUGCCUUUUGGGUUAACUAAUGCUCCUAGUACAUUUAUGCGCUUAAUGAAUCAUGUUUUGAGAGAAUACUUGGGGAAGUAUGUUGUUGUGUAUUUUGAUGAUAUUUUGAUUUAUUCAAAGAAUUUGCUUGAGCAUGUAGAGCAUGUUAGAUCCGUUGUUGCAAUUCGACGUGUCAUGGCAGUGAUCCUGGUGAAAGCGACAGUAUCGGCUUUGGUCGCGCUUGUGGGAGGGUUGAUGCAGAUGGUCGGAAAGCUUGAGUAA